UUUCUGUCCGAUUUGACGCAAAUUGUGCGGAAUGACGGAAAACGAUAUUGACUUGAUUAUUAAGUUUGGGGGGAGUUCAAUUACAAAUAAAGACUGUAUCGAGACUUUGAGGGUUACGGCCUUAGAAUGGUGCGCUCAUUUAGUAAAGAAAUGUUUGAAUUCAGACAAAAAUUGUGUUAUUGUUCAUGGUGCUGGAUCAUUUGGACAUCAUCAAGCUAAAGAAUACCAUGUCUCUAGUGGAUACAGUCAUUUAUCAACUAAAUUUGAAACAGAUAAAAUAAAGUUAGGAUUUUCCUUAACACGACAAUCAGUUUUGAAGCUUAAUGCCAGUGUUAUUGAAAAUCUGCUCAAGGAAGGAAUUCCUGCAAUUUCAUUGUCUCCAUUUUUGAGCUGGAAAACAGAUAACAGAAUAGUACAAGAAGAUGGAUGUGAGAUGAUACACGCAGUUUUAAAUCAAGGUUAUAUGCCUGUGUUACAUGGAGAUGCUGUGUUUGACAAGAGUUUAGGUUGUACCAUCCUUAGUGGUGAUACCAUUAUUGAGAGAAUUUGUGAAAAGUUUGAAGUUAAAAAAGUGGUGUUUAUAUCAGAUGUUGAUGGUAUUUUUGAUAAACCUCCAAAUAAUUUAGAGGCUAAACUUAUAAAACAUAUUCAAGUUAGAACAGACGGAGACAUUUUCAUGGAUAUCCAAACAUCACAGUCUGUAAAUGAUGUCACUGGAGGUAUAAAACUUAAACUUCAAGCUGCUAUUAAUAUUGUGAAAGCAUCACCGAAAACAACAGUUUAUAUUUCUAAAGUUAGUUCCAAUUCAACACAAGAUAUUUGUUUAAAUGAUAACCUGGAUGAAAAGACAUUUGACAGUACCAAAAUAAGCUUGAAGAAAUAAUGAUGUUGUUACUAAAUAAAUUUAAUAACUCAGGAUGAUAUAAAUAUGCUGUGUUUGGUUGAAAUAAAACCUAAACAUUCAUUUCAUUUCUCCUAUAUUUGUUCACUCGACACUUGGAUAUUAUAUAUAAGAAGGGCUUGGAUUAAGAGCUUUUUUGCAAGCUGCUUGCCACACAGGUCUGGUAGAGCAGUUAACAUGUCCAAGAAUCAUAUGCCUCUAUUUGCAUCAAUCAUAGAACUAUUUUAAAGUUCUAUGAUCAAAUAUAGGGUUGAACCUCAAAGUGCUGCAUAUUCCAGUAUUCCAGU